ACCAACGACCAAGUGUUUAACACUCAGCUUUACUGAGGAUGUCUCCUAUGGAAGACCAAGUUCCCAGAGUCAAAUUAGGAAACCAGGGUUUAGAGGUUUCUAAGUUGGAUUUUGGAUGCAAUGGACUUACUGGAGCAUAUGGUGUUUCUAUGUCUGAGGAAGAAGGGAUAUCAAUAAUCAGGGAUGCUUUCAAUAAAGGGAUCACCCUCUUCGACACUGCAGAUGUUCAUGGAGCCGGUGCUAACGAAAUCAUGAUCGGAAAGGCCUUGAAGCAAAUGCCUAGAGACAAAUUUCAGAUUGCCACCAAAUUUGGGAUGCUGGCAACGGGAUCCGAUUGUCUGAAAGUUUGCGGCCGUCCUGAGUAUGUGAGGUCCUGCUGCGAGGCUAGCCUUAAGAGACUUGACCUGGACUACAUUGACCUCUUUUACCAGCAUCGAGUGGACCAAUCAGUAUCCAUUGAAGACACAGAGCUUAAGAGGUUAGUUGAAGACGGGAAAAUAAGUACAUUGGAUUAUGUGUGGCUAGUCCAGACACCAUACGCAGGGCACAUGCUGUUCAUCCUGUUACUGCUCUCUAAGUGGAAUGGUCUUUGUGGACUAGAGAUGUCGAACAACAAAUUGUUCCUCUUUGUAGGGAACUUGGGAUAUAUUGGGAUAGUGUGUUAUGGACCUCUUUUCCGUGGUUUCUUCCUGGGAAGGGGAAUUACUGAAACAGCAAAACAUCCAAGGUUUACAGGAGAGAAUUUAGUGAAAAACAAGGUAUUUUACGAAAGAGUGGUGAAGUUGGUGGAGAAGCACGGGUGCUCCUCCGCACAAUUCACUCUCUCAUGGUUGCACCACCAAGGCAAAGAUGUUGUUCCCAUCCCAGGGACAACUAAGAUUGGCAAUUGGGACAAUAACGUUGGAUCUUUGAGGGUGAAGUUUACGGCGGAGGAAUUGGAAGAGAUUACGGCUGCUGUGGCUGUGGACGACGCGGCGGGCACCAAGGUCCAUGAAACGAUCCUCUUGCAUGAUUAGAGGUUUGCAAACACACCUCCAAGGGAGUAGUCGUGUUCCACCUGCUGGAGGCUCAUGAUUUUUGUUAAGGUCUAUGUAUCUUUUUGGUGGUGGAUGGUGGCCAUCCAAUAACUUUUAAGAAGAGACAUUUAUCAGAGGAUUCAAAACAAAUAAAUUUGUAUGGUAACUUUGUUCGAAUAAUUUUAGAAUUUUACA